AUGAGUCUCAUGUGGGAUUACCACCCCAUCUGGUAUUGGUUAUUUGAACGAGAUCUAGCAGAGGCCGAAUUUGAGCUAAACGUUGAUCGUAAGGAUUACCUCCCAGAGCAUAAGCAGCAAGCGCCAGAGGAUCGUGUUCUAAACCCGUUCCGAAUGAAAGCAUCACCUAAGCUGAUGAAUGAAUUGUAUAUGUCCUCAGGCCGUGCGGCUCAGCGGAUGCCCCGGCUCAAGUCUAUGUCUACCCGGACUUGGGAGGAUCGUGCCUAUCAUUCUUUUGAGUAUGAGGUUGAUGGAACGACUGCGAAGGCAACCUGGGACGCCAAGAGCCUGUUUACGCCAGAUGAGCCGGUAUUGCAGGCUUGGAGAGAUGCUGCCUUUCAGCAUACAGGGGUGGAGUUGGAAGUACAGUUGACACAUUGGGAGAACCCCAUUUAA